GCAGCGCACAGCUUCGGGGACUUUGGGCAGAUGGUGAAACGCGACGGGCUCGCGGCGUGCACAGACCUGACCAUCAACAAUAACAACGGCGACCGCAAGGUGGCCAUCGUGCUGGACAGCUCGGGGUCCAUGUACUACAACGACCCGGGCGACCUGCGGCUAGCGGCCGGGCGCGCGCUGAACGACUUUCUCAUCUCGAAUUCCGAGGCGGCAGGCAGCGGCACCAAGGCGGAUCAGGUCGCCGUCAUCGGCUUCUCGGACGCGCCCUACGUCGUGUUUGGUCCUGGCGACCCGGGCAACUCGACGGCCGACAGCUCCUUCAGCGAGAUCGGCGCUGACGGCGGCACUUUUAUUGCUGGCGGCGUCCUCGAGGCCAUCGACCAGAUCGGGAACAUGUCUGGCACCACGAGGGACAGGAGCGCCAUUGUUGUCUUUACCGACGGAUCCGACUACGACCAAGAGGCGCUCGUCGACGCCAUCAACAACGCGACGGCGCUGGGGAUCCGCGUGUCGUUUGGCUUUCUCGACCCGUCCGUGUCGUCGCAGGGCCGGCCGGUGCUGCUCGCGGUGCGCAACUCCAAGGGCGUGUACGCGACCAUUGCGGUGGCGGCCGGGUCGCAGAACUUCAUCAACUACGUGCUACUCAACGGGCUGACGGCCCAGGACAACGCCCAGGGGGCCGGCAACCGGCUCCUGGCCGGCCUCGCAACGACCCUGUUCAUCAACGGCACGGCGCCCCUGACGUCCGUGUUCCCCGUCGGGUCGGGCGAGCGCGUCAACUUCACCAUCCAGAGCUUCACGGGCGACCAGCUCGACGUGCAGCUCAAGUACGGCGACCAGGUGCUCGGCAACUCAACCUACUCCAUCACCCGGAGAUCGUUGAUAUUCCUCAACGCGACGGCCCCCGGCGACGGCCAGAUCGACGUUGUUGUGUCUGCCCGCAACUCGCCCACCGACGGCCUCGUGUCCAUCCUGCCCGGCUCGUCGGUGCCCAUCAAGAACUGCACCGUUGCCGUGCUCAACGGCCUCGCCCCCGCGAACACCGGCCUCAGCACCGGCGCCAAAGCCGGCAUCGGCGUCGGCGUCACCCUCGGCGUGCUAGCCCUGGCCGGCCUAGGCUUCCUCGCCUUUGCCAAGUUCUUUGCUGGGGGC